AUAACAACAAAGAGAUAAUAAAAUCUCUCUACACGCCUCACACCAAUUUGAUUCUCCUUAUAAAUUGGUGAAACUCAUUCUAAGCACACACACAAAAAAAGAGUCUUUCCCAAAGAGACUAAAAAAAGUUGAUACAGCCAGCUGUUUAAUCUUACAUAUAUUCUGUUAUCUCACAAGUGUUAGAAAUCAAAAAGGGGUGACUUGUUUAAUUUCUUUCUGCCAUGGAUAUGGAGAAAGGAGAUCAUCAUCAUCAGCACCAAAAUCAUAACAGUAACGUAAGAAGUGAAGAGAUGCAGACGGUUGACUGGAGGGGCAGACCUUCACAACCGAACAAGCAUGGUGGAAUGGCUGCUGCUGCCUUUGUGCUUGGGUUACAAGGAUUUGAGAUAAUGGCGAUAGCGGCAGUUGGGAACAACCUGAUAACGUACUUGAUAAAUGAGAUGCAUUUCUCACUGUCGAAAUCAGCAAACAUAGUGACCAACUUUGUUGGGACGGUCUUCAUUCUUGCGCUGCUUGGAGGAUACCUCUCCGACUCUUAUCUUGGAUGCUUUUGGACCAUGCUCAUUUUUGGCUUUGUUGAGCUUUCGGUAAUUCUUCCCCUUCUUCUCUCUUUUCUAUAGCUAAUUUGAUGAUAUUCUUCUCUCUUUUUCUCUUCUAGCUAAGAUAGUUAUUGCCUUGUUGGUCCCUUCUCUCCAUUCACUCUCUCUCUCUCCCCCUCUCUCAGUAUGCUUCAUGAUGGAAAGCCAAUAGCCUUUUGUAUAUUUUGGUGGGUGUGAUUAAUUUAUCAUAAGGGUUACUUUCAUUAUUACCAGAUAAAUAUAAACGUUACGAUUGUAUCAUAUUAUGAAUAAGAGUUAUUGAGAGAGUUGGAGAUCUUUGGCAAAAUACACAUUUUCUAAGGCUUAUUAUUGUGUACAAGUGUAAAAAUGCAUGGUUCUUUUGAUUAAUAAGUGUUGCUCAUUGACCAAAGUAUGGUACAUCAAGAAAAUGAUGUGCAUAGCACACCCUUGUCCUAUCCUUUCUCAGAUAUUGACAACUACAAUAACUGACUUACAUCAUAUAUAUAUAUAUAUAUAUAUAUAUAUAUAUAAUACAUAUAUAUGUAAGUUUUGUCUUAAUCGAUCCAAUUAUAUAUGUUUGCAUGUGCAUGUUUAUAGUACAUGUACAUGCAACCACUUUUUUAUUUCUUCAUUAGUUCAUGAUAAUUGUUUUUAAUCAAAUCAAGUUUGGAGAAUCUUUGAUUUGUUUAAACUGAUUAAGGAAAUGUUGAUAAUUGAGUUUAUGUUUGUUUUUAUCGAAGGGUUUCAUAUUAUUAUCAGUCCAAGCCCACAUCCCCCAAUUAAAGCCUCCAAAAUGUAACAUGUUGAUUGAUGGUGACAAAUGUGAAGAGGCAAAGGGAUUCAAAUCCUUAAUUUUUUUCAUGGCGCUCUAUUUGGUGGCAUUAGGGAGUGGUUGUGUGAAGCCUAACAUGAUUGCUCAUGGCGCUGACCAAUUCAGCAAAGAAAACCCAAAGGAAUCCAACAAGCUGUCAAGAUACUUCAAUGCUGCCUAUUUUUCUUUCUCCAUGGGUGAACUCAUUGCUUUGACUGUGUUAGUUUAUGUCCAAACACAUUCUGGAAUGGACAUUGGGUUUGGUGUUUCUGCUGCUUCUAUGGCAAUGGGAUUGAUCAGCUUGGUUUGUGGCACACUCCUUUAUAGGAAUAAGCCUCCUCAAGGAAGCAUUUUCACUCCUAUAGCACAAGUAAUUGUGGCUGCAUUUUUCAAAAGAAAGCAAGUAUGUCCUUCUGAUCCAAAGAUGCUUCAUGGGAGCCACACAAAACUCCCUGCCAGCAUCAAUAUCAUCCCAAUCUCUGAAAAUAUGGGCGAUCUUCAUCAUACCCAAAGAUUCAGGUUUUUGGACAAAGCAUGUAUCAAGAUUGAUCAAGAUGGUAAUAACAAUAGAAAGGAAAGUCCAUGGAGGCUAUGCACAGUGAACCAAGUUGAGCAAGUGAAGCUACUGAUUUCAGUCCUCCCAAUCUUUGCAUGCACAAUCAUAUUCAACACAAUCCUAGCACAACUACAAACCUUUUCAGUCCAACAAGGAAGCACUAUGAACACAAAACUAACCAAAAACUUCCAUAUCCCUCCUGCUUCUCUUCAAGCAAUCCCUUACAUAAUGCUAAUCUUCAUAGUCCCUCUCUAUGACUCCUGCUUCGUCCCUUUUGCAAGAAGAAUCACCGGGCACGAAUCGGGUGUUUCCCCGCUCCGGCGAAUCGGGUUCGGGCUAUUCCUGUCAACAUUUUCAAUGGUGGCUGCUGCAUUGAUGGAGAAGAAGAGAAGAGAUGCUGCUGUGAACUCAAAUGAGAUCAUUUCCAUUUUCUGGAUUACUCCACAGUUUCUGAUAUUUGGGGUUUCGGAAAUGUUUACAGCAGUUGGGCUGAUUGAGUUCUUCUACAAGCAAUCACUGAGAGGGAUGCAAGCAUUUUUAACUGCCAUUACUUACUGCUCAUAUUCAUUUGGUUUUUACCUCAGUUCAGUUCUUGUUUCUUUGGUAAACAAGAUCACUUCACAUUCAUCAAAGGGUGGCUGGCUGAGUGACAAUAAUCUCAACAAGGACAGAUUGGAUUAUUUCUAUUGGAUGCUGGCAGUUCUAAGCUUCAUCAACUUCCUCAAUUAUCUCUUUUGGGCUAGAUGGAAUUCUCAAGGCAGUUCAUCAGGAGGAAGCAAAUUAUUACAGAAUAAUGAUUCCAAUGCCCAAGAUUUACGCCAUUUUGGUAGUUUUAACUCUAGAAAAAUUGCUGGCGAUGAUAGCAUUCCUUGAUUGGAAAUGCUCAAAUUAAGCCUAUUCGUAUGAGGCAGGAAGGAAUUAUUAAAAAAAAAAAAAAAGCCUAUUGGAAAAUAAGAAAAGAAGGAAAUAGUGCCCAUAGAGGAGGGUUGUGUUAUUGAAAUAUCUGUAAAAAUUAAUUAAGGUUUCAAUUUAAUUAACCCACAAGAAAUGGGCUUCAUAUGAUAUGAAUGGUGUUGUUUUAUUUUAAGAAUUUGUUAGAUUACUAGUUUUAUAAUUACGGUUGUUGGUUCACCAUUUGUAAUCUCAUUGAUACAACAAUAAUAAGAGAUCGCGAAUUUCAUCGAGAAAGAGAAAUACGAAUCUUAAAUUCAUGGUAUACACAAUCUAUUUCUUGAAAACUUUUUCGUCAUACACAUC